AUGGAUUCUCGUAUUCGAAAUUUCGAGCCUUUCUUGAAUUGCAGAUCAGGAGAAGUUAACAAGGUCGGGAUUUGGGGAACGGGAGGGAUUGGUAAGACAACUUUCGCUGAAGAAGUUUUCAAAAGAAUCCGCGGCGAGUUUCAAGCUAGUCACUUUGUUUAUAGAGUCAGGGAAGAAUGUGAAACGGAAGAUGGUUUGACUCGUUUAAGAAAAGAACUUGACGAAAAAUUAUUGAACAAGAAAGCUUCGAUGAAGGCGCUUAUCGUUCUAGAUGAUGUCGAUAAUGCAACACAAAUAGAGGCUCUGGUUGGGCAGGUUGGCUCAGGAAGCAAAAUCCUCAUAACAACGAGGGAUGAGAACUUGUUGAAGGAUUCUGGUGUUAGAGAUGUGCAUGAGGUCGAGAAAUUAAAUGAUAAGGAAGGUCUUCAGUUGUUUUGCGCGAAAGCAUUCGAAGGGAAACACUAUCCUCACCGUUUUUACGAAGAACUAUCGAAGGAAUUCGUAAAUUACGCCGAUGGUCUUCCUUUGGCUCUUGAGGUUUUAGGCAAUUAUUUACGGCUUCACAAAAGUGAAAAAGAAUGGAAAGGAGAACUAAAACGUUUACGGGAAACUCCUCAUGAGGGCAUUACUAAAGUGCUUCAAUUCAGUUAUGACGCACUAAAUUACCAAGCCAAGGAAACCUUUUUAGAUAUCGCGUGUUUCUUUAAAGGAGAGGACGAAUCUCGUCUGAUAAAGAUAUUCGAAAGUUGCGAUUUUCAUCCAGACAGCAGUCUAAGUGUCCUCGUUGCUAGAUCACUAAUAUUUGUUACAGGAGGAAAAGUAUGGAUGCAUGAUUUAAUUCAACAAAUGGGAUCGGAAAUUGUUCGUAAAGACCAUAUUAGCGAUCCAGGGAUGCAUAGCAGGUUGUGGCGUGACAGGGAUGCCCUUCGUGUGCUUCAAGAGAAUAUGGUAUGGCAUAUUGAUUGA